AUGGCAUGGCCAUGGCUGUCCUGCCUACUGCUUCCUGCCCUUGUCAUGUCUGUGGCAGCCAAUGUGGCUCCUACGUUCCUGUCCAACAUGACAUUAGUGACCCUGCCUGAGGACCUACCCGUGGGUGCUGAGGCCUUCUGGUUGGCAGCCAAGGACUUGGACCAGGACCCUCUGACCUAUGGGAUUAGUGGCUCCUACGCCUACUUCUUCUCUGUCACCGCCAACACUGGGGAAGUGAAGCUGGCCAGCUCUCUGGACUAUGAGACACUCUACUGGUUCGCAGUUAACAUCUCCGUGAACGACGGUCACAACAACCCAGUGCAGAAGGAAUUUCAGGUGAUCGUGGAGGACAGAAAUGACAACGCGCCUGUUUUCCAGAACACCGAUUUCUCCACCAACAUCAGCGAGACCCUGCCAGUCGGCUCCCUGGUGUUCUCGGUGCUGGCUACAGACAAAGACACGGGGUCUGCAGGUGUUGUGAAGUACUACAUAGAGGAGGUCAUCCCGAGCACAGACGACAGCAAGUACCUCUUCAGUAUCCUGCCCAACGGCUCCAUCAUUCUCAAUGGCAGCCUCAGCUACAACAACAAGAGUGCCUUUUACCAGCUGAAGCUGAAGGCUUGUGACUCAGGGGGCAUGUACAACAACAGCUUCAUCACCAGGUGUUCCUUACCUGUCUUCCUGUCCUUCUCUGUGAUCGACCAGCCGGACCUGGACCCUGAGUUUGUCAGGGAGUUGUACUCGGCCUCUGUGGCUGAGGACGCACCCCAGGGAACCUCAGUGCUGAAGGUGGAGGCUGUGGACAGAGACAAAGGCAUCAAUGACCUGAUGAUCUACACCAUCUCCAACUCCACAAGGCCUGGCUGGUUUGACAUUGGGGAAGAUGGGGUGAUCAGGGUUAGCGGCUCCCUGGAUCGUGAGCAGCUGUUGGAGGAGGAGAGUGAGGAGGUGCAUGUGCAGGUCACGGCCACGGAGAUGAACCUCAAUAUCUAUGGGCAGAAGGCCAAGGUGAGCAUAUGGGUCACGCUGAGAGUGACAGACGUCAAUGACCACAAACCUGAGUUUUUCAACUGCAGUCUCCCAAACUGCACCUUCACCCCGCAAGAAGCCCAAGUCAACUUCACGGGCUCUGUGGAUGAGCACUCCUCCACCCGCAUCCCCAUCGAUGACCUCACCAUGGUGGUCUACGACCCAGACAAGGGCCUCAACGGCACCUUCCUGCUGUCCCUGAGGGGCCCCGAUGCCGCAGCCUUCAGCGUCUCCCCUGAGAAGGCGGCAGGUUCAGCCGAUGUACAGGUGCUGGUGAAGGACCCAAGGCUGGUGGACUAUGAGAAGCAGACGGUGAUGCUGGUGCAGGUUGUGGCCACUGACUUCGUCAGUAAGAACUUCUCUGUCGCCUUGGUGACCAUCCAGCUUAGAGACAUUAAUGACCAUCGGCCCGAAUUCCCUGAGAGCCUGUACAACCUCAGUGUCUUAGAGCACAGUGCAGUCGGCUCUGUGGUGACCAACAGCAUCCAUGCCUCAGACCCAGACACGGGCGAGGGGGGCCACAUCACCUACAGCCUGCUUCCAGGGAAUGGGGAAGAUAUCUUUAAGGUGGACCCAGAGUCAGGGACAGUGACGGUGAGAAACAGCACGCUGUUGGACCGGGAGAAGCAGGCCGUGUACUACCUCACGCUGCAGGCCACCGAUGGCGGGAACCUGUCGUCCUCCACGAUGCUAGAGAUCCACGUGCUGGACAUCAAUGACAACAAGCCGGUGGUCAGCGGCUCCUACAACAUCUUUGUGCAGGAGGAGGAGGGCAAUGUCUCCAUAACCAUCCAGGCUCACGAUGACGACCAGCCAGGCACCAACAACAGCCGUCUGUACUUCAGCCUGCUGCCCAGUCCCUACAGCCACAACUUCUCAGUGGACCCUGACACAGGGCUUCUCAGAAACCUGGGGCCCCUGGACAGAGAGGCCAUUGAUCCCGCCCUGGAGGGCCGAAUUGUGCUGACUGUGCGUGUGUCUGACUGUGGAGUGCCUGUCCUCAGCACUGAGGUCAACGUCACCAUCACUGUGGAGGACAUCAAUGAUAAUGUGCCCAUCUUCAACCAGUCCAACUACAUCUUCCUUGUGAAGGAGAGAGACCCAGGAGUGCUGGUGGGCGUGGUGAAGGCCUCGGAUGCAGACCAGACGGAAGCCAACAACCGCAUCAGCUUCAGCCUGUCGGGGAGCGGCGCCAACAACUUCAUGAUCCGAGGCUCACUGCUGGGUUCUGGGUGGGCUGAGGGCAGCCUUUGGCUGCCCUCAGAUGUGAGCCUGGACUAUGAGACCCAGGCGUCCUUCAAUCUGACAGUGAGUGCUGAGAACCCAGGCCCCCAGGGAGCUGAGGCCACAGCAGGAAUCUUUGUGCGUGUGCAGGAUGUCAACGAUGAGCCACCCACCCUGAGCCCGGCCUCGCUCCAGGGCAUCCGUGUGGCUGAGAAUGGCUCGCAGCAUGGCCUGGUGGCUCAGGUGGUCGCCUUGGAUGUGGAUACUGAUGCCCAGCUGGAGGUGCAGCUUGUGAACGUCAUCUGUACCAAGGCCGGGGCCGACGUGGGCAGCCUGUGCCACGGCUGGUUCUCUGUGGUGGCCAAUGGCUCUGUGUUCAUCAGUCAGAGCCAGGCCAUUGACUAUGAGACCUGUGACCUGGUCACGCUGGUCGUGCGGGCCUAUGACCUCACAACGGACCCCCGCUUCCAGGCCUACAGUGACAAUGGAAGCCUCCCCAUCACCAUCGAGGACAUAAAUGACAAUGCACCCUAUUUUCUGCCUGAGGAUAAGACUUUUGUGAUCAUCCCAGAACUUGUGUUGCCCAACCAGCAGGUGGCUUCUGUCCGGGCCAGAGACAAUGACUCAGGGAGCAACGGGGCCAUCGUCUUCUCCCUCCUCCAAGUGGACUUCAUCGCCAAGGAUGGGGUCGUGACCCCUUAUCCGGGCUUCUUCCAGGCUUCCACCUCCUCGGAGGCUGACGUGUUCAUUGGCCACAUUGAGCUGGUGACCAGCCUUGAUUCCACUCUCCAAGGCACCUACCAAGUGACAGUCCAGGCCAAGGACAGUCCUUCAGUGGGUCCUGCCCAGGAAGCCAUAAUGACCCUGAAUCUCUUCACUGUGGACCAGAGUUACUGCUUGAGGCUGCAGUUCUCCAGAGUGAAGGAGGCGGUGGGCGCCAGCGUGACCGAGAUUAAGAAGGCUCUUGCCCAGGCGACCAGGACUACUGUCUACAUUGUGAACAUUAAAGACAUAGAAUCCAACGCUCGGGCCAGAGGCCGUUCCUACCUCGAUGCCUACUUUGUCUUCCCGAAUGGUUCAGCCCUGACACAUGAUCAGCUGAAUGUGUUGAUCCAUGAUGAUGAGGACUCAAUGACACAGCUGCUGCAGCUGGGACUCGUGGUGGUGGGUGCCCAGGAGAGUCCGGAGUCAGACCUGCCGAAGCUGCUCAGUGCCGUCAUCAUAGGAUUGGGAGUGGCUUUGCUGUUGGUCAUUGUGAUCAUGACCACGACCCUCUUGUGUGUCCGAAAGAGCUACCAGCGGAAGCUUCGGGCUAUAAAAGCUGCCAAGGAGGCCCGGAAAACAGCAGCAGGUGUGAUGCCCUCAACCUCUGCCAUCCCUGGGACUAACAUGUACACCACUGAGCGGGCCAAUCCCAUGCUGAACCUCCCCACUAAGGACCUGGGCUUUGAGUCCCAAUCUUCCACCAGCGACCUGGACAAUCUCAGCCUCAACUCCCUGGAUGACAACUCUGUGGACGUGGACAAGAACACACAGGAAACCAAGGAGACCCUGCACAGCCUGAUGGAGCCCGACACAGAGCCCCUGAGCACGGUGCUCUCAGGAAGGCAGGCGGGCAUCGGUGGGCGGCAGCAGGAGCUGGCCUUCACCAACGCGGGCCUGGAUACCACAGACCUGUGA